UCCUCCGUUUCCAGCGGCGGGGUGGGCGUCGGGACAAGAUGGCGGCAUCAUGGAAGUGGCUGGUUCUACUAGCGCUGUGCGUCUUGGGCGCCUCCUUCGCCGCCGAGGAGCCGAAGGGAAGCCCCGCCAAGUCGGCAGCGAAGAAGAAGAAGAAGGACAUUCGGGACUACAACGACGCGGACAUGGCACGGCUGCUGGAGCAGUGGGAGAAAGAUGAUGAUAUAGAAGAAGGGGAUCUUCCUGAGCACAAGCGUCCCUCUGCACCAAUAGAUUUCUCCAAGAUUGACCCAGGCAAGCCUGAGAGUAUCUUGAAAAUGACCAAGAAAGGGAAGACUCUGAUGAUGUUUGUGACUGUGUCAGGUGAACCUACUGAAAAAGAGACUGAACAAAUUACAAAUCUCUGGCAAGGGAGUCUUUUCAAUGCCAACUAUGAUGUACAGCGGUUUAUUGUUGGUUCCAAUCGUGCCAUCUUUAUGCUGCGUGAUGGAAGCUAUGCAUGGGAGAUCAAAGACUUUCUGGUAAAUCAAGAAAGGUGUGCAGAUGUAACUCUGGAAGGUCAGGUGUACCCUGGCAAAGGAGCCAGUGAACAAGAAAAAAAUAAGACAAAGCCUGAAAAAUCCAAAAAGAAAAAAGAUUCAGACAAGAAAACUGGAACAGUCAAAGACAAUAAUCGUGCAAGCAAACCGAAAGAAGACCUAUGACGAAAAGUUAAAUGUGCGUUAUAAAGGAGGUUGUGUGAAAAAUGGAAAGUUUAGGAAAGAAAAAUGGUCAAGGCUAUGGUAGGAAACAGUUUGCUUAUUAAUGAGAGGCAUUUAUUUAGUAACAGCAAAGAUAAUGGUUAACAUCUGCAGGCUGCCUCUUUUAAGUUUUCGCUUAUUUACUUUAAGGCAACUGGUUUUUAAGUCUAAAACAAGAUACCUGCAUGUUUAACUUCAGUAUUAUGAACUUUGCUCAAAAGAUGAGCAGGUUAUGUUUUCUCCCUUUGGAGGGGAAGUACUGUUGCCAGCUAUUUUGGAGGAGCGAGUGGUUCGCAGUGAAUGGCUAGGUAGACAAGGUGGCUUGACUUCUGAAGAGUUUCUCCAUUUCUAAUAUUUUCCUUGAUUAAAGGGUACAGUUUGAGAGCAGUUUAGUCUUGACAUGCACAUCCUCAGAUUGGUGGUAGUGGAAUCAGUACUUGGAAGCACAGUUCUGGGAGACACAAGGAGUAUUUGUAUAUAACCUGGUGGAGUGGGAACAAAAUCUAUUAGGGGUAUUCUUUAGUGUUAUUUCUUUAUACCUGGAUGAGCCAUUUGAUUGAAAAAGGAUAAAAGGUGUGCAGAGGAUGCAAUUAAGCCUAAAAGUAAUUGCAAGUAUGCUUAGGGUGCCCUAGGAUUGUAGUGAAUCUAAACUGCAAUUGAGAUGAAAUAUAUUCUAACACAUCCGUAUGCGUCAUCGCCUUAGAGGUGUUCACUUCUUCAAGAACAUUAAUUGAAAAGGACACGACCAAAAUGUAAGUCCAUUUGAAAUUAGUGAUUACUGUAUUAGGUUGAUAAUAUGACACUUGAGUGUUCUGCUUGUAACUGUUGGUUGAUUUGGUGCCAAAAUCCAUUUCUGUUACUUUGAAUGUCUCCAUUUGGGAAUAUGGAGAAUGGUUUUUUUUAAAAAACUAUUUUUAUACAUUUGGGGAAAUCUCACUGUCAACAUGGACUCCCCUUCAGAAUGUCAAUAAAUUUGUAUGCUUUUUGAAGUUUGCUGUUUGAAA